AUGCCGGUGUUGUGGAAACCCCGGUCACAACGCACGGACGUGCCCCUUGGUGAGAAGGCGGGCAACGCCACGCGAGGCGCCCCGGGCUCCAAGCUGUGGCCAUGCAGCAGCAACUGGGGAAUCGGGCUCCAAGCUGUGGUAAUGGUGACGGCGAGCCCCCUCGCCAGCGUGCACGCACAGCCACAACAACGCCAACAACAACAACAGCAGCCGCCGUCGCGUGCAGGUCGGACUCGAGAGCGGCGGUGUGGCCGCUGCGGACAAACCGGUCACACGGUCACGACCUGCUCGCUGUCUGCGAACCGCAUGGACGACGUGCAUCUCCUGCCGCCCCUGACACGAGAGUGCCCUUAUUGCGGUGCGCUGCUGUUCGAUGGCCAGCGCCGCGAGGACGGCAGUGAGACCAGCUCCUUCUGCUGUGGCAACGGCCGCGUUCAUCUCGAACCCAUGCCAGCACCACCGGCGCCGCUGCGACAGCUCUGGGAGGACCGUGGCGAGCGUGGUCGCAUCUUCUAUGACUACAUCCGCCUCUUCAACAAUGCCCUCGCCCUGGCUUCUGCGCGAGCGUCGUGGGUGAGGGCGGAGCGUGGGUGGAACCCACACCUCAUCAUACAGGGGAGCCUUCAUCACUGCAUCGGGUCGCUGCUGCCUGCCGAGGGCGAGGAGCCGCAGUUUGCGCAGGUGUACGUGUACGACAACGUCGGCCAGGCAACUGCGCGCCGCCUGCUCGACAUGCGACAGCGGAUCGCGGCUGGGACGAGCGUGCCCGAUUCCAUCUGCGCGAACAUCCUCACCACGCUCCAUGACAUGUUGGUGGACUGCAACCCAUACGUCGACGCCUUUCGUGAUGCCGCCUCGGCCGCGCUCGCGUCUUCGGGCGAUGAUGCUGUGCCGGACCUGCAGUUGGUGCUCAACUCCGAGAACAGGCCCGCCGAUCAGCACGCGCGCCGCUACACGUCGGGCAACUCCGAGGAGGUGGCCUUGCUGUGUCCGGAUGACCAGGUUGCACAGCGGGACCUGGUCGUGUACCCGAGGGACGGCGGCAUUCAGUUCAUCAACGAGACACACCAGGCCUGGGACCCGCUUCACUUUGUGUUGCUGUUUCCCGAUGGCACACCGGGGUGGAGGAUUGGCGUGCCUCUGCGUGUCCCGCCGUCGCUGGGUGGUGAUCAACGCCGCCCGGAUCAGUGUGGUGGUGCUGUCGUCGAUGCAGAGGACGUCAUGGGGCUCGGCGGCGAUGGCUCGGCCGCCCGUCACGUGAGCACUCGGCAGUUCUACGUGUACCACCUGAUGCAGAGGUCGCAGUGCAACUACCUGCUGCGUGCCGGGCGGCUGACGCAGGAGUACAUUUGCUCGGCGUUCUACCGCGUGGAGUACCUGCGGCUCCUGUACGUUCGCCAGCAUCAGGCAGAGCUUCGCUCCGCCAUCUACCAGAACUUGGUGGACCACUCUGGGGAGGAUGACGCAGACGAGCAGCAGCUUGGGCGCCGGGUUGUCCUGCCAUCCAGCUUCCUUGGAGGACAACGGCACACCAAGGAGCGCUUCCAUGACGCCAUGGCCAUCCUUGGCGAAUACGGGAAGCCCGACCUGUUUGUGACAUUCACGUGCAACCCGGCAUGGCCUGAAAUCACCCGUGAGUUAAGGGGUCACGAGCGCGCAUCCGAUCGCCCUGACCUCCUGGCACGCGUCUUCCACGCCAAGCUGGCAGCCUUCCGCAUCGACAUUGAGCACGGCCACGUUUUCGGGCCCACCCGCGCGUUCCUGUAUGCGAUUGAAUUUCAGAUGCGCGGGUUGCCCCAUGCGCAUUGCUUGGUGUGGUGUGCCCAGCCCUUGCAGGGGCCGUCGGACAUCGACCGCUUCAUUUCGGCGGAGAUUCCCGACCCCGCCACCGACGCGACACUGCACGCCUUGGUGACGCACCACAUGCUCCAUGGCAUGUGCGGUUCCCACAACCCCUCUGCCCCCUGCAUGACACCCUCCGGCUGUCAGCACGACUUCCCAAAGCCCCUGUGCUCAGAGACAUCUUGGAGAGACGAGAUGUAUCCCCAGUACCGCCGGCGUGGGGUGCGUGAUGGCGGCAUGGCGGUGUCUCGCGUGAUCAACGGCGAGGCCGUGACCGUGGACAACAGUUGGGUCGUGCCUUACUCGCCGGCGCUGUUGCGGCGAUACCAGGCUCACAUCAACGUCGAGGUUUGCGGGUCCGUUCGCGCCAUUCAUUACGUCUUCAAACUGUUUGGGUACGAGAUCUACUACCGACGCCCUUCUGUUCAGCGGCUCACGCUGCACCUGCCUUUGCGCCAGUCGGUGCUCGGCACAGAGGCGCAACUGGCCUCCGUGGCAAGGAGCGGCGAGCAACCUCAUACGCCACUGCUCGCCUUUUUCGAGCUCAACUGCCACCAUGGCGAUGAGCCGCUGCGGCUUCACCCGACCCUGACGUCCAAGGACCUCACUUACGCAGAACUGCCAAAGUACUUUGUGCUUGAGCGCUCGCGUGGCCGUAGCAAGUGGGUGCAGCGACGCCGGCCGCAGGCCACCCCAACGCUGGGUCGUGUGUGCAACAUCCACCCCGGCGCGGGUGAGCUGUACUUCCUCCGCAUCCUUCUGCACACGGUUCGGGGGCCCACGUCCUUUGAGGACCUGCGCACUGUGGAUGGCGUCGUGUGUCCCACGUUCAAGGCUGCCUGCUGCGAGCUUGGGCUCACGCGCGAUGAGCACUGGCAGGCCGCCAUUACCGAAACCUGUAAUGCGUACGGGCCGGGCCGUGCACGGGAGAUAUUUGCGCGCAUCCUCUACAUGUGUCAGCCACCUCGGCCCAUCAACAUCUUCGACGCGUGCUGGCGGCUCUUGACCGCGGACUACACCACCGCCCUUCGUCGCCAGGGCCGCUUCGUGCCAGAUGAGGUCCUGAAGGCGUGGGCGCUUGCCGCGAUCGCAGAUGCCAUUGAGCCGGAGGGCCACACGCUCGAUUCCUUUGGUCUUCCUUCGCGGGACGACCUGCGCCGAACCCUCGGGGUGGCUGGCCAACCGCCCGCCCCUCCUUUCCGCGGCGGUGGCUGUCACCCAUCCCGCCUGGGGCGGCCACCCGCUGCCAUGCAGCUGCAGCCGCAACCGCCUGUUGUUGACGGGCCUUCGCCCGUCCCCAUAGCUGAGGACGGUCGCACCGUCCGUGAGGAUGGCAACGACCAUGAUGAGCCCGUGCAACGGCGCGUGGAGCGGAAGCUGUCCGUCCUGCUGCCCUCUCAGCGCACUGUCGUGCAGCACAUUUUGGAUGCUGUGUGCGCACAGCGGCGGCGUCACGAGCGCCACCUUCAGCGUCGAUCUGGGGCGGUGCGUGGUGGUGCACGCGGCCGUGGUCGUGGCGGUGGUGGUGCACGUGGUGCACGUGGUGCGCGUGGUCGUGGUGGUGCACGUGAUGUACGUGGCGGUGGUGGUGCACGCGGCCGUGGUCGUGGCGGUGGUGGUGCACGUGGUGCACGUGGUGCGCGUGGUCGUGGUGGUGCACGUGAUGUACGUGGCGGUGGUGGUGCACGCGGCCGUGGUCGUGGCGGUGGUGGUGCACGUGGUGCACGUGGUGCGCGUGGCCGUGGUCGGUCUCGGCACGUUGCAUUCUUCCUCGACGCACCUGCCGGGACUGGUAAGACGUUUUGCCUCAAUCUCCUGCUCGAGGUGCUGGGGGACCUGGGCUUGAAAGCCAUGGCCGUAGCCUCCAGUGGGAUCGCUGCCACGCUCCUCACCGGUGGACGGACCCUCCACUCGCGCUUCAAGGUGCCCAUCAACAUCCCACAGCCUCGGCCCUUCAACAUCGACGCCUCCAGCGAGCUGGCUGCGGAGCUGCGAGAUUGCAGUCUCAUCGUCUGGGAUGAGGCCCCUCUCGCGAAUCGUGUGCUCCUCGAGUCGCUCAACCUCACCCUGCGGGACCUGCGGCGUGACGCGGCACCAUUUGGUGCCGCGUCACUCCUGCUGGCAGGCGACUUUCGGCAGGUGUUGCCCGUGAUCAGGAAGGGCUCACUCAGCGCUGUGGCCUCAUUUCACCCAACUUCGACUCUCCCACAACGUACGCGUUCUCGGCACCGGGGCUGGACCAUCACAACACCACCAACAACACCAACACCAACAACAACAACAACAACAACAACAACAACAACAACAACAACACCAACAACAACAACACCAACAACAACAACAACAACAACAACAACAACAACAACAACAACAACAACAACAACAACACCAACAACACCAACAACAACAACAACAACACCAACAACAACAACACAACAACAACAACAACAACAACAACAACAACAACAACAACAACAACAACAACAACAACAACAACAACAACAACAACAACAACAACAACAACAACCAAACAUGACACCACGUGAGUUUGUGGACUGGCUGCUGCGACUGGGUGAGGGUCGGGAGCCUGAUUGCCGCACACCGGCCGCUAUCGAAGCUGAUGCGUGCAACGGUAGGCGGUCCACGCGCGUUCGUGUGCCGCCCCACAUGCGCAUCGGCAUGAGUCUUGACGCCAUCAUUGCCGCAGCGUACGGCGAGAACUUUCAGGACUGCCAUCGCGCGGCCAUCCUCGCCCCGACCAACGCCAUCGUCGACAGGCUCAACGAUCAGCUGACGGACAGGUUCCCUGGCGAGAAAACGGUCAUCCUCAGCUCGGACGAGGUGGACCCAACGUCCCCCGCCAGUGGCACCGUGUCACCCGAAACGCUGAAUGGGUUCACUGCGUGCAACUUGCCCCCGCACCGCUUGGUCCUGAAACCCGGCAUGCCGAUUCUGUGUCUGCGCAACCUCUCCCCGACGACGGGGCUGUGCAACGGUACGCGCCUGCGCGUCAUUGCCGUGCACGGGAACAGCGUGCUGUUCGUGGAAAUCCUCACGGGGCCUUCGGCGGGCAGCACCGUCGUGCUGCCCCGUGUACCCCUCAGUGCCCCCGAGGACAUGUUUCCAUUUCCGUGGACAAGGCUCCAGUUUCCCGUCAAGCCCUGCUUCGCCUGCACCGUCAACCGCAGUCAGGGUCAAACCCUCGACCGUGCGGUCGUGUACCUUGAGGACGACCUGUUUGGCCAUGGCCAACUGUACGUCGCUGCAUCCAGGGUCAAGCAUCCAUCACGCCUGUUCUUUGCUUCACCGCUGCCCCAUGUCGCCAACGUCGUGUAUACUGAGGCGCUUGGCGCUCCCGCCCUGCCCGCUGCGUCACAACAACAACAACAACAACAACAACAACAACAACAACAACAACAACAACAACAACAAGUAGAGUUGCAGCAGGAACAACAACAACAACAACAAGUAGAGUUGCAGCAGGAACAACAACAACAGCCACAAGUAGAGUUGCAGCAGGAACAACAACAACAGCAACAACAACAACAACAACAACAACAACAACAACAACAACAACAACAACAACAACAACAACAACAACAACAACAACAACAACAACCCGGGUCCAUCUCUGGCAGCGGUGUUCGCUGCAAACGGCAUCACCACCGACACCCUUACCUACGAUGGCCCUGGCACAUCCCCGCAGAUGAUCAGGAGCGCCUUGCGCUGCUCGCGGGCGUGGAUACAUACAACCUCAUCGCUUCCAUUGCCUUGCAGCACGCUCCCAAUGCAUUCCCACGCCUCACUGUUGGCGAGUAA